AAGCAAGCUUCCUGUAAUAACCAGCUGCAGUUGAGCAAGACAUGAAGAAUGGGGGAUGUGGUUUUGCUUAACACAUAACCACGUCAUUGGAGAAGGAAACAAUGGAAUGAGGCAGAAGGUUGGUGUGGGAGGGGGAGGAACCGCCAAGAGGGGCUUUGAGAUGAAAGAGGCAGCACUAGGACUGGGAAUCUAUAGAGAGAAACCUGUGGGAUUCUCUCAAAGAAUACCUCCUUUCUGCAUGAUAUCCUCUGUUCUCUGCCUCGGUACUAUGCUCAAGGCUUUUGGUUGGAGCUGCUUGUCAAGAAACCUGCCUUUCUCCACACUAGGCCAGUUGAUUGGUGCAAGAAGCUCCCUUUCCCCCAUCCCACAUCUAACACCAACACACAUAAUGGAAGAAAAGCAUGCUGUAGGGGAAGGGGAGAAGGUAGCAGACAAUCUCAUUUUGAAGCGAAAUGAAAGAAAUAGGGUUUAAUGCUGUAGAGCUAUAGAGUUUUUUCAGUUUUGAAUAUCUGGCAGACUAUUUUGUUUGUGUGAAUAAAAAUACAAUAAAGGAGAAAUGAAAAAUAAAGUUCCUUCCUCUUUGGCCCACAUUUGUCUUCCAUGCCUGCAACUACAUCUGUAGUCUUGGGAUCAAAUAUACGGCUACAUUUCAGAAAUCAGGUUCCUUUGGAAAACUGGAAGGUGACUCAAGCCUCUUUCCCAGGGAUUUUCUUAUGCUUAUCCCACACACUCUACCCCAUUGCUGACCUUCUUGCUGAAGUAGAAUAGGGCUAUGGUGGCAACACAAUUUAAACAGGCAUACUGUUUUCCUGAAUCAAAACCUGGAGAAAUGCAUAUUAUUAUUGCGAGGAAGAACCCUAAGUCUUGUACAUUUUUGUUGAUCAACUGUAUAGAGAAAGAAUAAACAUGAAAUAAAAUAAAUGGAAAAGGAAGUUCAGAAAUUGUAAAAUUCAUAUUCUCCGUGCAGUCAUUAUCAGUUUACUAAGUAAACAUAUAGAUUUCCAUUUACUAACUUAGUAGUAUUUUCCUGACCGUGUAGUAACAAUGAGUACUAUACCUCAUUUAAUUUGACAUAGCUCACUUUAUAUUUCAGAUUCAAGCAAAGCCUGACUCAUAACUGAAGAUUUCAGUCUGAAUAAAAAAGGAAAAUGUCUUGGUGUUUUGCAUCUAAACUACAGACUAAUAUGGAUUGGAAACUCAUGGGUAUACUAGUGCCAACUUUGACUAUUAAGCUAGUAGGCAGUUCUCUGUUCUUUCUAUAUAUUUCACAGAUUUUCUCAGAAGUCCCCAAAACCACCACACCAGGAAAAACCAGCUGCUCCUUAAGGUGGACUCUGUAUGAAGGAAAGUGCUACCACUUUUCUACGCUGCUAAAAACAUGGGAUGAAAGCCAAAAAGAAUGUGUCUUCUUAAAUUCUCAUCUUGCCAUUAUCAACAGCAAACCAGAACUGGCAUUCCUGAACAACAAAACCCAAAAUGCAGAUUACUUCAUUGGCUUGAGACGGAGAAAUUCCAAUGAACAGUGGAAGUGGAUUGACAAUACAAAGUUUCAGCCUGGCAUAUUUAAUGUUCAAGAUAAAACAAAUGACUGUGUUGCAAUUGGAUUAAAUUCCACCAGCUCAAGACUUUGCUCUGAAUCAAACCGCUUCAUUUGUGAGGAGAAGGUAUAAAAACUCUUUGGGCAAUGGAAAUUCACAGCAAGAUCGAAUCAGAACUCUAUUCUCAGUUCAUGAACGUUGGCCCUGAUAAGAAAGUGAAUAUAUCGUAAUGCAAUUAAAAAUUUGGGGUGAGGAUUCCUUUCCAACAUAUUUCAGAUUACGUGGAAUUCUACCCUUAGAUGUAAUUUCUCCUUGAAUGAAUAUAGUAUUUUUCCCCAAUGCCAUCAUUUUGCUAAACAACUAAUUCCCACAACACUUUCACUAUUUAGUAAGACU